AUGAUUGAAUUAUUUUCAACAUUUUUUGAUCGUUUAAGUUCUCAUAAUCUAUAGUGUGAACAAAUGCUAAAAUCAUUAGAUUAAUUUAAAGCUUUAUUAUAUGCAAAUGAUGGAGAUAUUGAAAAAUAUUUUAUUGAUUUAAAUGGAUAAAAAUCACCAUUAAAAAGAGAUAGUUCAUAAACCAAAAAAUCAGCUAGUAUAAAAACGACGAAUAACAAACAAUAACUUGUCAUUUCAAACGAAAAAUAUUAGGAUGUGGACAUGAGAUUGAUACUGUGGAUUCAAAUAGAGAAUAUAUAAUUUGUUGUAGAUAAUCAGUAAAUUUAAUGAUGAUUAGUUGUCAUUUGAUGAAUUUAAAUAGAAAUGCUCAAAUAUUUUCAGAGCUAUAUAUUAAUUGGAUAGUGAUGACUUUUUCAAAUGUUUAAAAUCAUAAGAUGUAUAAUUAAAUAAUUACAUCAGGAUCCAUUAAUAACAUCAUAAGUAUCUAAAUAAAGAUGCCAAUCAUCUACA